GGGGGGUCCGGCCAAGGCCAUGCUCCCGGCUGGAGAAAGCCUUGGGGUCCUGGCACGCUCUGAAGCCCCCACCGGGGAGGGGGCUGAGCCAUUCCCAGGAGCGGAGCCGUCACAUCCGCACCUUUCGUCGCCGUCUGACACGGCCCACGCCAAGGGGCCAGCCCCCAGCCCCGAGCCCGCCGAGACCCCCGGUGCCAUCACGCUGCCCGUGAGCUACCGCCUGUCCAACACCCGCUUGGCCUUCUUCCUCAAGGAGGUGGGAGCCAGCCCGGCGGGCAACGGCAGUGCCCCGCUGCAACGCGCCGAGCCCUUCGUCGUCUUCCAGACCAAGGAGCUGCCCGUCCUCAACGUCACCCUGGGGCCCUUCAGCACGGGGCUGGUGCUGCCCAAGGAGCAGCUGCAGCCCUCCAGCACCCUGGAGGUCCCCGACCGCCUCACCGUCAACUGGAAGGUGCGCGCCUUCAUCAUCCAGCCCCGGCUGGUGGCCAACCAGCCCGUGGUCCAAGUGCUCUUCUACGUAGCCGGCCGGGAUUGGGAUGAUUUCGACGUCACCGACCGGCUGCCCUGCGUGCGGCUCCACGCUUUCCGCGACGCCCGCGAGAUCAAGAGUUCCUGUCGUCUGCGGGGCAGCCUGGCCAUGUGCCUGGUGCAGGCAGAGCUGCCCCACGCCUGGUUCGGCCCCCCGGCCGUGCCGCUGGGCAGACGGAAGAGCCCCGAGAGCCUGGAGGUGCCGGGCGAGAGCCAGCAAGCCGAGCUCUACUACACCCUCCAUGCCCCCGACGGGGCCGGCCAGUGCCUUGGGGAGACGGUCCCCCGCCGGGGGGCCGGGGGGGCCAGGACCGAGGGUCCCACGCAGCACCCGCUGCUGCGCAUCGGCAGCGUCAGCCUCCUGCGGCCCCCCCCCCGGCAGCCCAUGCAGGAGCAUCGGCUGGACGGCAACGUCUUCAUCCGCCUGCCCGACAAGCCCCUCAAGCCAGGCGAGGUGCUGAGCAUCCUCCUCUACCUGAUGUCCAACUCCACGGUGGAGCACUUCACGCUCAGGGUGAAGGCCAAGAAAGGCGUCAACCUGCUCAGCACCAAGUCGAGGAGUGGGCAGUGGUUGGUGAGCUCGGAGCUGCUGACGGGCGGCAAGCACUCCACUGCCACCGUCGAUGUGGCCAGGGCGGAUGGUGCCGGGCCCAGGGAUGGGGACUCCUCAUCUGAGAUCAUGCAACUGGAUUUCGAGAUGGAGAACUUCACCAGCCAGUCGGUGACACGCCGCAUCAUGUGGCACAUCGACUACCGGGGCCGCAACCCCCCGCCCGACCUGGAGAAGGUGGUGACGGAGCUGACAGUCAUCCAGAGGGACAUCAGGGCCAUCGUGCCCCUGGCCAUGGACACAGAAAUCAUCAACACGGCCAUCCUGACGGGGCGGACAGUGGCCAUUCCCGUGAAGGUCAUCGCCAUUGAGCUGAGCGGCACCAUCGUGGACGUCUCGGCUAUGGUCGAAUGCAAGUCCAACAACGAAGACAUCAUCAAGGUCUCCAGCAGCUGUGACUACGUCUUCGUCAGUGGGAAGGAGUCGCGGGGCUCCAUGAGCGCUCGGGUCAUCUUUACCUAUGAGCACCUCUCCGCCCCGCUGGAGAUGACAGUGUGGGUGCCCAAACUGCCGCUGCACAUCGAGCUCUCGGAUGCCCGGUUGAGCCAAGUGAAGGGCUGGAGAGUGCCCAUCCUGCCGGACAGGAGGUCGGUGCGGGACAGCGAGCACGAGGAGGAUGAAGAGGAGAGGAAGCAGAGCCGGGGCUGCGCCCUGCAGUACCAGCACGCCACGCUGCAGGUCUUCACCCAGUUCCACACCACGGCGGCGGAGGGCACGGGGCAGGUGGUCACCAUGCUGGGGCCUGACUGGCUGGUGGAGGUCACCGACUUGGUCAGCGACUUCAUGCGCGUGGACGACCCACGGGUGGCCCACAUGGUGGACAGCUUCACGCUGGCCGGGAGGGAGCCGGGCACCACGCUCUUCAAGGUCGUGUCCCCGCUCGUGGAGGCGGUGCUGGGCGAGACGCUGGUGACGGUGGCGGAGGAGAAGGUCAGCAUCACGGACCUGAAGGCCCAGGUGGUCUCCAGCCUCUCGCUGUCCCUCCACCCCAGCCCCGGCAAUAGCCACACGAUCAUUGCCCGGACGUCCGUGCAGCAGACCCUCAGCUUCUUCAAGCAGGAAGCGCUCCUGAGCCUAUGGAUUUCCUACAGCGACGGCACCACGGCCCCCCUCUCCCUCUACGACCCCAAGGACUACAACCUGGUGGUGAGCAGCCUGGACGAGAAGGUGGUCUCGGUGACCCAGGACCGGGCGUUCCCCUUGGUGGUGGCAGAGAGCGAGGGUGCGGGGGAGCUGCUGCGGGCAGAGCUGGUCAUCUGCGAGAGCUGCCAGAAGACCAAGCGCAAGAGCGUGCUCUUCACUGCCUUGGCCAGUGUGCGGGUCCACUUUGGGUCCGAGGAGGACCCGACCUAUGACUACGACCAUGUGCCCAGCAAGCCAGGGCUGGCGGAGACGGGGGCGAGCACCACCCUGCGGGCAGAGGUGGAGAGGAAAGCGGAGCCGAGCGAGGACAGUAGGAUGUCCAGCGCGUCUCACCCCACCGAGGACUUCCCCACCAUUCCCACCGGCUUUGUCCAGGUGACCAGGGGGCUUACGGACCUGGAGAUAGGCAUGUACGCCCUCCUGGGUGUCUUCUGCCUGGCCAUCUUGGUCUUCCUCAUCAACUGCAUUGUCUUUGUGCUGAAAUACCGGCACAAGCGCAUCCCUCCUGAAGGCCAGACUAACAUGGACCAUUCCCACCACUGGGUCUUCUUGGGCAACGGGCAGCCCUUGCGGGCUCACAAUGACCUCUCCCCCCAGCCUGAGAGCCCUGGGAACCCCCUGGAAAAUGUCCAGACCUGCUGCCACGGGGACCACCACAGCAGCGGGAGCUCGCAGACCAGCGUGCAGAGCCAGGUCCACGGUCGCGGGGAUGGUUCCUCAGGGGGCUCCACGCGGGACCAGAGUGAGGACCCGCUCAACUCACCCACCUCCAAACGGAAGCGGGUGAAGUUCACCACCUUCGCCACGCUGCCCUCCGAUGAGCUGGCCUACAACUCCAUCCCCAUCGCCGAUGAGGAGGACUUGGAGUGGGUCUGCCAGGACAUGGGGCUGCAAGACCCCGAAGAGCUUCACAACUACAUCCGCAGAAUCAAAGAGAUCGCUUAACGCAGGGGCAGAAGGGAUGGGGCGGGAGGGAGGGGGCUGCCACGCCGUGCCACGCCAUGCCACGCCGUGCCACGCCACGCCACGCCACGCCACACCACGCUGGCUGCUUCCCCGGGCCUGGAGACCCAAAUUCGGCUCUCUUGCGCGUUCCCUCUUCCGCACAUCUCACGUCCUCACCCUGUUGGAAGGCACCCCCGGGGGGCCUUUUUCUUUUCUUGCCCUUUACCAUCUGGUUUUCCCAGGGGAGGCAUCAGCACACACGUGGCCCCCUAACCCGCCGGCGCAGGGCGAGGGGGCAGCAAGGGAGGCGAGCCGAGGGGCAGAGAUGGAUGGGGUCAAAACCUUGGCGUGUGCAUGCAUCUCCAACGGCGAACAGGGCAGGAUGAUGCUGCGGGUCCUGCUGUGCGGCGGGGGAAAGAGGGGAGAUGUCCCGUCCCCCCCAGGAGCCCAGCGGGGAGGUGGCGGGUGGGGGCUUCCUAAAGGCAAUCCCCCUGCCUUUGCUGUACGUGGUUGCACAAUUUUGGAGGUGAGUGCUGGUUCAGGGAUUUGCUGCCCCACGGCUGUUGGGGGGCACCCCCACCCGGAGCCCGCUGCCCUCCGCUGUGGGUGAUGCUGGGUGAGGCAGGAGGGGAGGGUGGCUGCCAAGGGGACAGAGCCCCACGGCCGCGGGUCUGGGGCACCGCUGUCCCCAUCGCCUGCCGCGUCCCAACCCCAAACACCGGGCUCGUCCCGCUCCCUGCGGUGGGGGCCCUGUGGGACGGUAACGUUUGCCACAUGAGCAUCGCUUGGGGACCGUGGGUGGCUGCCUCUGCUCCCCCCUUGCUGCCUGGGAAGGGCUGUGGCCCCCAGGCAGGGGCAGUUUGGGGGUGCCCGGCAAGCUUGCUGCCUGUGAACUUGCCUGCUCUUGCCUCUCCCUCUGUUCCCAGCUGUUGGGGGGGGCCAGCGCUGGGCCCCUCCACCCAACAGGCAGCUGGGACCUCCAGGGCCAGCCCCUGGUUUCUGCCCCCCCCCCACCCAGUGCUGGGAUGUGGCUCCGGGACUGGGAGGUGGUGGUGUGGGGGCUUCCCACUGCCCCAGGGGGGGCCGAGCCUGGGUGGGGACACCCACAACCGGACCUGGCCCGAUUCUCCCAGUGCCAGCCCAGUUCCCCCAGUGCCAGCCCAGCAGGGAUGCCUGGAGCCAGGCUUAGCCUCCGUGGUGCCUUCUGACUGCCAUAACCCAAUGCCUCCCCGGUCACCUCACGCUGGCGGCAGCUCCCAGCCCCUCCGUCUCACCUGAGAGGCCCCCCCCCAGCCCAGGGCCACCCCAGCUCCCAGCCCAGCGCAGAGCAUCCUCGGCCAGGUUAACCCUGCGGGGACACCCGGGUACCAGGGCUGGGGGUCCUGGGCUGGGCAGUUGUACCCGUGGGCACCGAGCGUGUGGGGAUGGGGACACCCCCCCCCGGGCAUCACCCGGUGGAGUGGGGAGGUGGAGGCUGGCAGCGGAUUAUUUCUGGAUUGGAAGUUACCCACCACUGUGUCUCUCUCUCUUUUUUUUUUUUUUUUUUUUUUUUUUUCUUAAAUAAAAGACCAGAAAAGAAAAAAACAACGGAACAAAAAAGCCAAAACCAAAAGGCGUUGCAGCACUGUGAUGGGCCGUAUCUCUGCCGCGGUGCCCAGGGUGGGUGCUCCCAGUGGUUUGGGGGUCAGCCCUGGUGGGCACGGGGUCUGCUGGGGGGGGGGGGGGGCACACACUGCCAGGGUCCUGGGGACAUGGCUCAGCUUUGACCUCCACCCAAGCUCUGAGCACUUUGGGGUCAAAGCUGUUGAUUUGGGCUUCCCCCCCUCCAAAAUCCUCCCCUCUCGGGCAGCCUGAUCAAAGGCUGGUGGUCAGGAACCAGGCAAUGCUGCAGCCCCAUCCUCGCCGGCCUCCGUGCCUCAGUUUCCCUAGCAGGCAAGCAGCAGUCUGUGGUGGUGCACAGUGUUUUGAAAGCCUCUUUAAGUGUUUAUCGAUUUUGGGCUAUGGAAAUUUGUCCCCUGAGUGGCCUUAAAUAUUACCCGAUAGCUCUAUGCUGAUUUUAUAUAUACAUAUACAUAUAUAUAUGGGGGAAUUGAGAUGUGCUCAAAGGCCAGGCAGAUGAUGCAGUUAGGUUUUACUGUGCCCCGUUAUCUAAAGGACCCAGGUCUGGCUGAACGAGCCGCUGAGCUGAUAGCAGCUCCGAGAAGUCAAAUUAAUACACCUGACUUUCCUGCUUGGAACUGCCAAACCUCCUUGUUAAAUUAACAUAUAUGAAUAUUUGUUAAAAAAAAAAAAAGAAGAAGAAAAGGAGGGGGGAAAGGUAAGAAAAGUGUAUAAUAAAAUUUUAUAAUUGUAA